AUGGUUCCGAAGCCAGACGGUGGGUGGCGUCCGUGUGGUGACUACCGCCGUCUUAAUGAUGCGACCACGCCCGAUCGUUACCCGGUGCCCCACAUUCAGGACUUUUCCGUACAUUUGGCGGGGAAGUCCGUGUUCUCUAAAGUGGAUCUGGUGCGGGGUUACCACCAAGUCCCGGUGCACCCGGCGGACAUACCGAAGACGGCAGUGGUGACUCCUUUCGGGCUGUUCGAGUUCCUCAGGAUGCCUUUUGGCCUGAAGAACGCAGCCCAGUCGUUCCAGCGGCUAAUGGACUCGGCACUCAGGGACAUGCCUUUCAUCUUCGUCUACUUGGACGAUGUCCUCGUCGCCAGCUCCUCGGAGGAGGAGCACCUGACACAUCUCCGAGUUCUUUUUACACGGCUCGACCAGCACGGGCUGAUCAUUAACCCGGCUAAGUGUGUUUUUGGGGGUGCCGUCCAUAAAGUUCCUCGGGCAUCUCAUCACCAGUGA